UUCACUACUCUGCUUUGCUCCUGUGCGUCCAUGUCCUUGUCAGUGAAUGGGGGCUGGUAGAGAGACUGGUCCGGUGAUUUCGUAGCAGUUUUUGCUGUAUUUAUCAGAAUCGGUAACUAGCUUAGUUUAUUUUGUUGUACAAUGGCUGCCAAGAUUUUACCUGUUGUCAAGCUUGCUACAAAGGUGACCAUUGCUGGUGGAGCUAUCUAUGUUGCGUAUGAUUCUGGCCUGCUGGGAGGUAGUGAGGAGGGUUCAGUCGUCCUCGCUAAGGCCAAAGCUGCCAUCCCUCCUGCAGUAGACGAAUGGGUGAAGUACUUUGGACUUGAGUUGCCUACGCCACCUAAAAUAGAGUUCUCUCCACUUCAAGCUUGGAACUCAGGAGUACAGAAGUCUAUCCAUGCACUCUCCGUAGCUCCAACCAGAGCAACCGAAUACACCAGCCAAGGCGUGCAAUACCUGAAAGAUCUCACCAAGUGAAGACUGUAUUUUCCCUCUGACACUCGUUCAGGUUCUUUUUGCUCAAGCUUAUUGAGUUAUAUUACCAUUCAGAAAGCCCCGUCCCCUUUCACUCAAUGCAGUGUACAAGUGACUUAUUUAUAAUUGAAUUCAUUGGAUACUUCUCUACUGGGAUUAGAUGAAUACAAAAUUCUCUACAGUAUUUGCUCACAAUUUGCCUUGGGGGAAAUUGAAGAUAAACACAAAAAUGCUAAAGACCACUAAGUUUAUGAGGCAGUCAUUUAUUUAAAUCCACAUGUUUGUCGUGAAUUUUGUCUUCACAGUUUUGUUUAUCAGGGAAUGUUCAGUGGUACAGUAUGUUUGCUGUAUUCUAACUCGGACUUGGCUAUAUCUCCCAACCAAAACACAUCUUUUUUUACAGCAAAAAACAACUCUAUUUUGUAAAUAACCAGCUAGCUCUUAUUUUCAUGAUUAAUAAACUUUAUCAUGUCA